AUAAAACGAAUAUCCGUCCCUUUCUCCUUUGAUUCGUCCCGUAAUGUAGAGAACCGAAACCCCCUCUCUUUUGUCCCUUAAACCCGGAACAGAGGCCCCUCUCCUCAUCUCAUCCCAGGUUUUAUAAAAGCCUCUUCUUCUAAGUUAUAAUUCUAAGCUUUACUUCUCUCGAGGUGCAUGUGAAUAUUGUUGGGCAGAACCAAACAGUAAAAUGGCACAUUUGCUGUCAACUACAUGCUCUGUGAAGAUCUCAUCUAGCUACAGACCUUGUGGUCAACCUCUGAAUCAGGUUCGAACAGCACUUCCUACCUCUUUUACCAUUCAGACUUCCAAAUCCCCCUUCAAAAGGCUUGUCUUCCAAGGAGACAGGGCAGGAAGAAGUUUUGUGGUUCGUGCAACUGCCGCACCUGUAAGCCAAGAAGUUUCCGCUCAAUCGGGGUCUGGUUCUAAUCAGUCCCCAAAUGAACCUUCAAAGCCUCAGCGGGUCAUGAUUAUUGGUGGAGAUGGCUACUGUGGCUGGGCUACAGCCCUCCUGUCCAACAGAGGUUAUGAUGUUGCAAUUGUGGACAGCCUUGUCCGGCGGCUCUUUGACCACCAGCUUGGUCUUGACUCCUUGACACCCAUUUCCUCUAUCCAUAACCGUCUCCGUUGUUGGAAGGCUGUCACUGGAAAAACAAUUGACCUUUAUAUUGGUGAUAUUUGUGACUUUGAGUUCUUAUCUGAAACCUUCAACUCAUUUGAACCUGAUGCUGUUGUCCACUUUGGAGAGCAACGGUCUGCCCCUUAUUCAAUGAUUGAUCGAUCAAGGGCUGUGUUCACUCAGAAAAAUAAUGUAAUUGGAACACUCAAUGUUCUCUUGCAAUAAAGAAUCAGAGAGCAGUGCCAUCUAGAGCUUGGAACAAUGGGAGAGUACGGAACUCCAAACAUAGAUAUUGAAGAGGGUUAUAUAACAAUCACUCACAAUGGAAGACCGUGAAUGCUUAUCAAACAAGCAAGCUCUUUUUAUCAUCUCAGUAAGGUUCAUGAUUCAAAUAACAUAGCCUUCACUUGCAAGGCUUGGGGCCUCAGAGCCACUGAUCUGAAUCAAGGAGUGGUUUAUGGGGUAAGGACAGACGAGACUUCAAUGCAUGAAGACCUGUAUAACCGGUUUGAUUAUGAUGGAGUAUUUGGAACAGCAUUGAAUCGGUUUUGUGUUCAGGCUGCUGUUGGGCAUCCCCUUACAGUUUAUGGGAAAGGGGGCCAGACCAGGGGUUACCUUGACAUAAGAGACACAGUUCAGUGCGUUGAACUUGCCAUUGCAAAUCCAGCACAACCUGGUGAAUUUCGGGUUUUCAAUCAAUUCACUGAGCAGUUUUCUGUCAUUGAACUAGCUGCCCUUGUAACAAAAGCGGGAGAGAAGCUUGGACUUGAUGUGCAAACCAUACCUGUGCCCAAUCCAAGAGUUGAGGCAGAGGAACAUUAUUACAAUGCAAAGCAUACUAAACUCAUUGAGCUGGGACUCAAACCACAUCUCCUCUCAGACUCUCUUCUUGACUCAUUGCUCAACUUUACUGUUAAGUACAAGGAUCGUGUUGACAGAAAACAGAUUAUGCCUAAUGUUUCUUGGAGAAAAAUUGGGGUGAAGCCACAGACUGUGCCAGCUAAUUAAGCGGUCGACAGAUGGAGAUGUCAGAAAGUUCUUGUUUACCUUGUUGUAUCUUUUUGCCCUUUGUAGAUGGCGCUGCAGUUCUUUCAACUUUUCAUGGUAAGCGUGGUCUGUAAUGUGGCCCUGGAAUCUAAAGAUGGUUAAAUUGGUUGCACGUGAGAGAGUAAUAUGACUUGAGUUCUUGGAUCGUGGCUUUUGGUGUGGAACACUGUGAGCCUGUUUUGUAUUCAGUUGCUUAUAUCUUUAUAAGGUGGAAAAUAUCAAUAAUAAUGACUGAAGUUCCCCAGUGUUAUUGUUAUCCUGUUGCUUUUCACUUGUCCUGUGAUAAUACAUGAACUGAGGGCUUUGUUCUUC